AUGCACUUCAACAUUGCAGUGAUUCAUGCGGGCUCAACAAUUACCCAGCAAGGGGAAGCAGGGUCUGCAGCAGCUGUGGGAAGGGUGCCAUACCCGGGCUUUGGACGUGUGCACAGCAGCUUUGGUGAGAGCGUCGUCACCCAAUGGGGAUCUGCAAACGUAAUCUGGCUCCAGGUGAAUGACAGCAGCCCCAGGACAUUGCUUUCUCAACUAUGUGACCUGCUGACAGCCAGGCCCCUUCAGGGACUCGUGUAUGAAGAUGAGAGACCCCUUCCGCUGUCCUCCGGCCCCCUCGCCCCCAUGCUGGAGUUCGUCUCGGCCCAGACCGGCCUCCCCAUUGUUGCUGUGGGAGGGGGAGCAGGUCUGGGCAGGGUACCACAGGAGACCGGCUCAAUCUUCCUGCAGUUCAGCUCCUCCACUGCACUACAACUGGAGGUGAUAUUUGAGGUGCUGGAGGAAUAUGAUUGGACGGCCUUCUCUGUGGUGUCCACACGCCACCAUGGCUACCAGGACUUCCUGUCGGUGGUGGAAGGUUUGACCGAUGGGUCAUUCAUCGGUUGGGAGAAGAAGAGCAUAGUGAUGUUGAAUUUAACCGAUGACCCGGCAGGAUCACGCACGCUCCGGCUGCUGAAAGAGAACGAAUCACAGGUGCGAUUGUUGUACUGCUCUCAGGAGGAAGCAGAACAGGUGUUCCAUGCCGCUUGGGCAGCUGGUCAGGCCAGCGCCUCCCACAUAUGGUUUGCAGUGGGUCCAGCUUUGUCCGAACUUGGCCUGAAUGGACUGCCAAGUCGCCUAUUUGCGGUUAGGCCGCAGGGCUGGAGGGACGAGCCCCGCAGACGCAUCGCCCGUGGGGUGUCCAUCCUUACCCAUGGAGCUGUCGCCUUGCGCAAGGACUAUGGAGCCACUGGAGGGCCACACUUUGUCACCAACUGCCAGACGGACGGGAACAGAACACAAAGAAUUCGUGGUAGAAUGAAGUAUUUCAGUAAUAUCACUCUUGGUGGGCGGGACUAUUCUUUUAAUAAUGAGGGCUACCUGGCCAAUCCCUUUCUGGAUGUCAUCUCCUACACGCCUGGAAGUGGCUGGGAAGACGUAGGAUGGUGGGAGAAUGGGGUGUUACGUCUGAGAUACCCUGCUUGGUCCCGUUACGGGCCGUUUCUACAGCCACUCGAUGAUGCCCAGCACCUGAGGGUUGUGACCCUGGAGGAGCGUCCCUUCGUUAUCGUGGAGCUUGCAGACCCUUCCUCUGGAACCUGCAUUAGGGACUCCGUGCCCUGCCGGCGGCCUCUCAAUGUCACUACACUUCAGGAAGGGGUGGCACCCAUGAAGCAGUGCUGCAAAGGCUUCUGCAUCGACAUCCUUAAGCGAUUGGCCAGAAUUGUGGGCUUCACAUAUGACCUCUACUUGGUGACCAAUGGGAAGCAUGGGAAAAAGAUUGAUGGAGUUUGGAAUGGGAUGGUGGGAGAGGUGGUGUACAAGCGGGCAGACAUGGCGAUUGGCUCCCUCACUAUCAACGAGGAGAGGUCGGAGGUCGUGGACUUCUCUGUGCCCUUUGUGGAGACGGGCAUUAGCGUCAUGGUUUCUCGUAGUAAUGGAACCGUCUCUCCUUCUGCCUUUCUUGAACCCUACAGCCCUGCUGUGUGGGUGAUGAUGUUUGUAAUGUGCCUGACCGUUGUGGCGGUGACCGUUUUCAUCUUUGAGUUCUUCAGUCCUGUUGGGUACAACCGCAGCCUUCAGAGUGGCAAGAAGGCAGGAGGUUCUAAGUUCACAAUAGGGAAGUCAAUCUGGCUUCUCUGGGCUCUGGUCUUUAAUAACUCUGUACCAGUGGAGAACCCCAAAGGAACCACUAGUAAGAUCAUGGUUCUUGUUUGGGCUUUCUUUGCUGUCAUCUUCCUGGCUAGCUACACUGCCAACCUGGCUGCCUUCAUGAUCCAAGAGGAAUACAUUGACACUGUGUCUGGCCUCAGUGAUAAAAAGUUUCAGCACCCAACAGAGCAGUACCCCCCUCUGAAAUUUGGAACGGUCCCAAACGGAAGCACAGAGAAAAACAUCCGCAGCAACUAUCCAGACAUGCACCAGUACAUGAUCAAAUACAACCAGAAAAGUGUGGAGGACGCUAUCUCGCACCUCAAGACUGGCAAGCUGGAUGCCUUCAUCUAUGAUGCGGCUGUGUUGAACUACAUGGCCCGUAAAGAUGAAGGCUGUAAGGUGAUGACCAUCGGCUCAGGGAAAGUAUUUGCCACGACGGGCUACGGCAUCGCCCUGAUCAAGAACUCACGGUGGAAACGGCCAUUGGAUCUAGCCUUACUGCAGCUUGUUGGCGACGAUGAGAUUGAGAUGCUAGAGCGUCUCUGGCUCUCAGGGAUCUGUCAUAAUGAUAAAAUUGAGGUAAUGAGCUCCAAACUAGACAUAGACAACAUGGCUGGUGUGUUCUACAUGCUGCUGGUGGCCAUGGGCCUGAGUCUGCUGGUCUUUGCUUGGGAGCACCUGGUGUACUGGAGGCUGCGGCACUGCAUGAGCAAAAUGGGCCAGUCUGGCAAACUGGACUUUCUACUUGCCUUCAGCAGGGGAAUGUAUAGCUGCUGCAGUUUUGAGGAUGAAACAUCACAAAUUGGGUCCAAAGUCACAGUUCCUGCCCACCACCACACUGCCAUGAUGCCUGCUUCUUCUUCCUCACAUGUGAUCACUUCAGCUGGAUCCAAUCCAGCUAUUGCCCUGGUGCAGCAACAGCAGCAGCCACAACCACAGCAGCCUCAGCCUCCACAGUCUUACAAAACUCCUCUUCCUGGAUCCCCUCCUGCAAUUGUUCAUUCUGGAGCGACCUUGGGUCCCACAAAUACUCAACUUUUGGGAGCACCACUACCAUGCAAUACUUUCUUACCCAGGCCUGAUCGCAGGCUGGCGGUUGUGGACCGCUGGCGACUACCCAAAACCACUAGUGCGACCCCGUCCAUGGGUGUGAGGGGAGCCCUAUCAGAAACAGGCCCUUUACCUCAAAAGGUGGCACCUACCUGGGCAGGUGAUGGAGGUGCUGGUAGUGGCCUUGAUGGAUAUAAGCGCUACUAUGGACCUAUUGAUCCUGAGGGACUUGGGCUAUGUGUUGACCAACAGACAGGUUCUCAAACUCCAAAAACAGGUAGAGGGGUUAAAUCUCUGGGGACUCCCAGGCUGCCCCCUAAAAGCCAGACCCCAGCCCCACUGACACCUAACCCCCCACUGCAGCACCCCUCUCCUCCUCUCCCUUCAUCCUUCUGGAAAAAACGGCAUCCAAAAAAACCCAAAGAACCUGGAGGCCCAUUGUACGAGAAUAUUCUGCCACUGGGCCGGAGAGGUGGAGGCAGGGAAGCAAGUCGAAUACCGAGACCCUCUCCUCCUCUCCCCAUCCCUGUGCCUGUCACACAAUCCCCAUCCUACACUCCUCCAUCCCCUUCCCCCUCACUCCCCUACACCUCAACAUCAUCCUCCUCAUCUACCACCAGCUCCUCAACCACAUCUUCUGCCACAUCCUCACGCUCAACCUCUCCAUCAUCCACUUCCACUGCUUCAUCUCGCAGCACCCGCGACAGAGAAGCUGAAGAAGAAGAUGAGGAGGAUUUGGAUGAGUUGACUGAGGAGUCAAGUCUUCUGCAAGGUCACAACAGAAAUAGGGACAGAGAGCAAUCCAUUCUCUCCCCCAGAUCUCUCACUCAUGGCCCUCCCCCUCCUAUACCCCCACGCAAACCACGGGGAACUUUUGGAGAUAGGGAACAAAAGAAGGACAGAGAGAGAGAGAGGGGUGGCAGCCAGUUAGCACAGCUCCAUGAGUGGUGGGCAGGAUGGGCAGAGAGAGAGCGAAGCAGGGAGAGGAGUGGUGGAACCCAAGAAGAUGCAGAGAGGAAAAGGGAGAAAAAGCACAGAAAAGAGAGGGAAAAGGAGAAAAAGAAGAAGAAGAAGAAGAAGAAAAGCAAAAAGAGAAAAAAGAGAGAGGAACGUGAAAGGGAGAGAGAAAGGGAGAGAAAACGUCGCAAGGUAAAAAAGAAGAAAAAGAAGGCAAUGAAAAUGAAAAAGAAGAAGAAAGUGUCAUCCGGCAAACGAUCAGAGCCAGAGGAGGGUGAUGUAGAGGCAAAGAGAGAAGGAGAGGGGGAUGGGGAUAGAGAAGGAGAGUACUCCUCGUUUUCCACUCAGUAUCACAGCACAUUUGUGGACAAAGUUAGCCUCUCAGCCUGGGAGGGAGAUAGAGAAUGUGAGAGGAGAGAAGGAGGUGAGGAGGAGGGGGAUGAACGAGAGGAUGAGAGUGGGGAAGUUAGAGGUAGAGAGAGGAGACCAAAAAGCUCCUGUUCACAAAAUCGUCCAUCAAGUAAACACUAUCCCAACCUCAAUAAACUACCCUCAUCAGUCAAAUUUUGGGUCAGUGGAGGAGAAACAGGGGGGACGGAGGCCUUGGGAUCUUCUCCUCCCUCCUCUUUACAUGCUUUCCUCUCCUCUUCCAAGAGACGGAGGAACAGUGGCACAAACAAAGAGCCAAGAGGGAGAUUUGGAGAGCGUAGGCCACUGCUUCUCCACUAUGAAAGGGGGCGAGUAAAUACCAGAGAAGGCCUGUCCUUCCAUGAAUGGGAUUCUGAGGAUGAAGAGGAUGAUGAUGAUGAAGAAAGAGAGAGGGAACAAGAAAGGGAGAGAAUAGAGGAGAGAGUGCGGCGGGCAGGUGGUAGAGGUGCAGUGUCAGAGUCUGAGCGGGACAGAAUAAGGGCAGAAGAAAGCUUUUCUGAUGAAGGUUCCUCAGGAGAGUUUGGCCGUUUUGAGAGAUACUGGGAAGAAAAAGGAGUGGGUGGAACCAGUGGAAUAGGGGGUGGGGGCUGGUUUUUUGGGACAUACCCUGCCCGAGAGAAAGGUGGUAGUAUAAAUAGCCACGAUGACGCCAUUCUGGGUCGGGCUGAAGGGUGGGGUCUGGCAGGUGAUUUUUGGGGUUCAGGUCCAGUGGCUGGAUGGGGGUCUGGAGGAGGCAGUGGGGGGCUGGGGUCACAGUGGCCACCCCCUCCCACUUCUCUACCACCCCCACGACGCUACUGGUCAGUGGACAAACUGCAGAUGAAGGGUGAGAAGCGUGGCCGCAGUGGAUCAAAGAGCAAAAGUCAGAGAUCGCGAGACAGAUUGCAAGACAUGACAUGUACUUGUACACAAUAUGGGCAUGGUAGGCCUAAUGUACACCCUAAACACAGCAGUACUCAGUCCCACAGUCAGGAGGAUCUGCUUCCUCACUGCCACAGCUUCAGUGGACGCUCUCGGCUCAAACCACCUCCUAAACCUGACAAAUCCAAAUCUGGAAGCCAGUCCAACUUAAGCUCCCAGCAAACACAGCUCUCAGAACACAUACCCCAACCAUCACCCUCCCCACCUCAGCCACUCCUGCCCACAAAACCUGUACCUUCUGCUCCCAACUCCCUACCCAUGCCCAUUCCUCCACCUCCAUCCUCUGUAUCUAUGUCCCCUCCACCUCUACUCUCCCCCGGGGGUGCAUCAGGCUCCUCCCAGGCAGCCACCGCCAGUGCUAAGCUUCAGUACCAGAGACUUCGGUCUGUACCCCAGCCACAGCGAUUCUAUUCCCCCCACCUGCCACUUAAAGCCAAGAGCUUGUGCUCACGGCGUGGUUCUGCCCAUUUCUCCAGCCUAGAGAGUGAAGUAUGA